AUGGGGAUGCUCAACUGCGUAGACACGACCUCCGGCGCCGGCGCCAAACUCCAGCACCAACAACAAGCUCCGACAUCGCCCACCGCCUCGGUGUCGGAGUCGAACAUCGUCGCGCCAUCGGUGUCGGCCGAUAUCGACGCCAACGAUGCCCUAGCCAGCCUACAGGCGCUCAGGUUCGACGGGGACAUCGACGUGGAGAUCCAGUCGCCGGACAUCGCCAUGUGGGAGUCGCUCUUCGCCGAGCAGAUGGGCGCCGCGGGGGGCGACUUCCUGAUGCUGUCUCCGAGGAGGGACUUCAUGGCGGCCGGAAGCCCUAGCAGGAGGGACUUCAUGGUCUCCUCCCCCAAGAGGGACUACAUGGUGUCCUCCUCCCCAAAGAGGGACUACAUGAUGUCUUCACCGAUGAGGGACUUGAUGGCGUCGUCCCCCAAGAGGGAGUACAUGGUGUCCUCGCCUCGCAGAGACUCUUCUUCCUCCAGGAGAUCGCCCUUCUCGCCCAACCUCUUCAGCACCAGCGGCGGCGGCCACCAGCACGGCUACGCGGCGCAUGGACCAACAGAUGGAGGUGUCGGCGGCGCCGGCCAGCCGCUGUACGGCGGCCUUGCUAACCACCACGGCAAGGGAAAGUCGCAGAGCCCGCUGCACAAGGGGUACAUUAACAACAGCGGCAACAAGCAGAGCACCGGCCCGUCGUCUCUCUCGUGCUCGUCGUCCUACGGCCAUGCCGACAACGACUUGCCGUCCAUGGACACCUGCUUCCUGGACGACUACAAGGACGGAGGCUACAUCGGGUACCAGCAGCAGAUGCCGGGGAAGCAGCAGGCGGCGCCCGGAAUAAUGGUGAACAACAACGGUGGGUGCUCCACCGCGGUCACCACGGUGGGGGUGGCUCCUUCGCCUUCUUCUCACCAGCUGCCGACGCUGUCGGAGUGCCUGGCCAUGCCGGAGCCUGCUUUUGUAGGCGGAGAGGAGGCGGCAGCCGGCGGGCUGCAGAUGGGCGUCGGCCUGCCGUCUGACUUGUACUACGCAGGACAGUUCGCAGGCGGCGGCGGCGGCGGCUUGACGACGACGUCGUCGUCGUUGCAGCACCAGAUGGCCAAGUCCGACCACCAGUGGGCGGCAGCUGAGUCGUCGCUGCACAGCAUGCUGGGUUCAGUCAUCCAGACAGAGGCUGACGAACAGGAGCAGGACAGCGGCCUUCAGCUGGUGCACCUGCUGCUGGCGUGCGCCGACUUCGUCUCCAAGGGGGACCAGCCGUCGGCGCUGCGCCACCUGCACCUCCUCCGCCGCGUCGCCUCCCCGCUGGGCGACUCCAUGCAGCGCGUCGCCUCCUACUUCGCCGACGCCCUAGCCGCCCGCCUCUCCUCCAACAACCCGUCCUCCUCCGCCGGCGCCGGCGCCGGCGCCGGCGUCGCGCCCUACACGUUCCCCCCGUCGCCGGACACGCUCAAGGUGUACCAGAUCCUGUACCAGGCCUGCCCCUACAUCAAGUUCGCGCACUUCACCGCCAACCAGGCCAUCUUCGAGGCCUUCCACGGCGAGGACCGCGUCCACGUCGUCGACCUCGACAUCCUGCAGGGCUACCAGUGGCCGGCGUUCCUGCAGGCGCUGGCCGCGCGCCCGGGGGGCCCGCCGACGCUGCGGCUCACCGGCGUCGGGCACCCCGCGGCCGCCGUCAGGGAGACCGGGCGCCACCUCGCCUCCCUCGCCGCGUCGCUGCGCGUGCCGUUCGAGUUCCACGCCGCCGUCGCCGACAGGCUCGAGCGCCUGCGCCCCGCCGCGCUGCACCGCCGCGUCGGCGAGGCGCUCGCCGUCAACGCCGUCAACAGGCUGCACCGCGUCCCCGCCGUGCACCUCGGCCCGCUGCUCUCCAUGAUCCGCGACCAGGCGCCCAAGAUCAUGACGCUCGUCGAGCAGGAGGCCGGCCACAACGGCCCCUACUUCCUGGGCAGGUUUUUGGAGGCCCUGCACUACUACUCGGCGAUCUUCGACUCGCUGGACGCGACGUUCCCGGCGGACUCGGCGCAGCGGAUGAAGGUGGAGCAGUGCCUCCUGGCGCCGGAGAUCCGCAACGUGGUGGCGUGCGAGGGCGCCGAGCGGGUGGCGCGGCACGAGCGGCUGGAUCGGUGGAGGCGCAUCAUGGAAGGCCGUGGAUUUGAGCCUGUGCCGCUCAGCCCGGCCGCCGUUGCCCAGAGCCAGGUCUUGCUGGGCCUCUACGGCGCCGGCGACGGCUACCGGCUCACCGAGGACAGGGGCUGCCUCCUCCUCGGCUGGCAGGACCGCGCCACCAUCGCGGCCUCCGCGUGGCGGUGCUGAUCGUCGUCGGUGCUCGUCGAUCGUCAUUUAUGGGCGCGCGCGGCCUUAGCGGAGAGUUGACAACUGCUAGGUUUCUAUCUUGCGUACGUGUAUGCAUGUGUGUGGUUUAUAUUUGGUUUCUUAAUUA